AUGUCUCAGGAACGCGCUGUCCCGGCGAGCGCGGUUCCACUGGAAGAAAUAAGUAGCUGGCCGGAGGAACUAUGCCGCCGGGAAUUGCCGUCUGUCCUGCCUCGGCUCCUUUCUAUGUAUCAGCAUUCUGACAGUUGGAUCGAGCAUAUUCAAAUUCUGAAAAUUAUUGUGGAAAUGUUUUUACCUCAUAUGAACCACCUGACAUUGGAACAGACUUUCUUUUCACAAGUGCUGCCAAAGACUGUGAGAUUAUUUGAUGACAUGAUGUAUGAGUUAACCAGUCAAGCCAGAGAACUGUCAAGCCAAAAUUUAGAAAUCCAGAGCACUCUAAGAAAUAUUUUACAAACAAUGGUACAGCUAUUAGGAGCUCUUACUGGAUGUGUUCAGCAUGUCUGUGCCACUCAGGAAUCCGUCAUUCUAGAAAAUAUUCAUAGUCUUCCCUCCUCUAUCCUACAUGUAAUCAAAAGUACAUUUGUACAUUGUAAGAAUAGUGAAUCUGUCUAUUCUGGGCGUCUACACCUAGUUGCAGACCUUCUGCAGGCUCUUUUUAAGGAAGCCUAUUCUCUUCAGAAGCAGCUCAUGGAACUGCUGGAUAUGGUGUGCAUGAACCCUUUAAUAGAUGAGCAUGAUGAUAUUUUGAAUAUGGUAGUAGUUAUUCAUUCAUUGUUGGAUAUUUGCUCUGUUAUUUCCAGUAUGGACCAUGCAUUUCAUGCCAAUACUUGGAAAUUUAUAAUUAAGCAGAGCCUUAAGCACCAGUCGGUUAUAAAGAGUCAGCUGAAACACAAAGAUAUAAUUACUAGCUUGUGUGAAGACAUUCUUUUCUCCUUCCAUUCUUGUUUACGGUUGGCUGAGCAGAUGAUGCAGUCAGAUGCGCAGGAUAAUGCAGACUACAGAUUAUUUCAGAAAACACUCAAAUUGUGUCGUUUCUUUGCCAACUCCCUUUUGCACUAUACUAAGGAGUUUCUUCCCUUGCUCUCUGAUUCUUGCUGUACGUUGCACCAGCUUUAUCUUCAGAUAUACAGUAAGUUUCCUCCAAGCCUGUAUGCUGCUGGGAUUUCUAAAGCACAGCAGGAGGAAAUAGCUGGUACUUUCCUGGUUACACUGAGUCCACUCAUCAGUCAGCUUCUCACAUUCCAGCCUUUUGUGGAUGUGGUUUUGGACAGUAAAUUAGAGCUGCCAUGUGAACUACAGUUUCCCCAGUGUCUACUGCUGGUUGUCAUUAUGGAUGAGCUGUCCUCUCGGUCUGAGGAUGUGCAGGCCCUGUGGUGCACAGAGAGCCAAGUCUCAGAAGCUACGGCCAGGGUGUCUCUACUCAAAGCCAUUUUCUCCAGUUUUGAGCAGUGUUCUGGUGAACUCUCUCUACCUGUUCAUUUACAGGGAGUAAAGAGUAAAGGGCAAGCCAAAGUUGCCAUCACCUUGUAUCAGCAUGUUUGCAUUCAUCUGUGUACAUUUAUUGCUUCCCUUCAUCCCUCACUGUUCCCUGAACUGGACACUGCUCUGUUGAAUGCUGUUCUUAGUGCUAAUAUGAUCACCUCUUUGCUGGCUAUGGACGCAUGGUGCUUCCUUGCUCGAUACGGGACUGCUGAACUCUGUGCUCAUCAUGUGACCAUAAUGGCCCAUCUGAUAAAAUCCUGCCCUGGAGAAUGUUAUCAGCUCACCAACCUAUCAAUACUAUUGAGGCGUCUCUUCUUCUUCAUGGCCCCACCCCAACAGGUGGAAUUUAUCCAGAAAUUUCCCCCAAAAGAAACAGAAAAUCUGCUUCUGUGGCAGUAUAUUUCCUUUCAGGCAUUACCUGCUGAGCUUAGGAAACAAACUGCACUUGAGGUCAGCAGAGCAGGUAUUGCAUGGUGUAUGAAGUGGCUAGGCAGUAACCGCACGCUGGAAGAACUUGAGUCUCUGAACACAGUGCUCUCUGCUCUGCUUGCUGUAUGUAAUUCUUCUGGUGAAGCUCUGGAUAUGGGGCAGCAAAUGGCAAUUAAGGAAGUUGGAAGUCAGCUUUCAAUUCUUUUAAAUGUUAAACUGGUAAUAGGUCAACCUUAUGUUCAGCAGACACUCAGCCUUUUACUUCCACUGCUGGGAUUUUUCAUUCAAGCUUUAGAUCCUCAGCUGAUAAGUCAGGUCAUAACUUUGCAGACCUCACUGCUUAAAUUAGAGCCUCCUGACCAUGUUCGAUUGGCAUUUCUGGAUUUUCUCUCUUCUCUGGGAAAACUUUUUAUACCUCAAACUAUCCAGGACAGAAUUCUGCCCAGCCUGUCUUCUGUUUUUGCUUCACUGCUAGCUGACAGGAACUGGCUAUUAGAACAACAUUCCUUGGAGGCAUUUACUCAGUUUGCUGAGGGAACAACUCAUGAAGAGAUAGUUCCACAAUGUCUCAGUUCUGAAGAAACAAAGGAAAAAGUUGUAUCCUUUUUGGAGAAGACAGGGUUUGUAGAUGAAACUACAGCUGCAAGAGUGGAACGUAUCAAACAGGAAAAAGGUACUUUCUGGGAGCCUUUUGCUAAAGUUAUUCAGGAAGAAACAAAGAUGUCAUCUUUACAGCCUUGUGUGAAAAGAGCCCGUCACGAGCUCCCCUCAGAAGAUGAGUACAGGUCAACACUGCAAGCAGCAAUAGCAGCCUUGGAGGCGAUCGAGUUACUACUCCAGAAGUCUCCUCCUCCAGACUGGCUCCUGAUGGAAAUGGAGACACUUCAGGAAAGGAUUGAUAAGCUAAAACGGCAGAAGUGCUCUGGAAGAAAGCAGUAAGUUCCACCUUUCCACAGCCACUUGCUCUUCACAGAAACUGGCCUCCGUCAGACGCACAGGCUCUUCCUCUGAGAAGGGCUGUGAACCUCUGCACUGCCCAGGGCGCUCCGCCAGCAAGCCAGGUCUCUCACUUCCAUUGGCAGACUGGAUAAAGAGCUCCUGACAUGAGAAAAACAGGAUGCUGGGGCUUUCUCAUCUGCAGUGCCUGCUCCUGAGGUAUUAGUUUGAUAUUUUUUCUUUGUUUUAAAGAUAUCCUUUUUCCUGAAAAGUGACUUGCAGCCACUGUCACCAGCUGUUAUCGUCCCAGUUCAGAUCACCAUCUUCCCCCCAGCCUGCAGACUCUCCCUGCAACGAAAGAGAGCAAACAGGGGCAACCUGCUGAAACAAGUCACAUUCAGAUUUGAAAGAUUGGGAAUUUAAAACAGGCCCAACACGUCUUUCGAUGCCAGAAUACAUUUCUUCAGACAUAAUUUACUAUAACAGAAACGUGAAAAGUAGGGUCACUUUGGUUCCGCUAUUACAAAAUCACAGCAUUAAAAAAAAACUUUCACAAGGACUAUUUAACACUUAGCCCAAGCACUUCUAUUAAUACAUUUUCCUGGGGAAGAAAAAAAGAUGCCAUUGACAGGAAUUGAUUUUGUUCAUUUUCUGAUCACGUUAAUAAACCAGUUGUG